AUGGCAAGGCUGGCACGAGGUUCCAGAAGCAGCCUUGCGAAGGCCCACGCCAAGACUUCGGCAAACUUUCCCAAUAUUAUGCCCACAUUUGACAAUUUGGUCGAACUUUUGGACGACCGAGUUCGAACGAUCCGUCAAUCCAGCCUACAAAACCUUACGAUCAAAUCCAAGAACUCGUCUCAACACAACCAAGCCAAGAAGGCUCACAAGAACGGGUACGAGAUUGCGGCCUCAGCAAGCGCGGCCACCGUGCUCCUGGCGAUCGCUUUCCCCAAAAAUGUUGAAAAUGACAGGAUCAAGAAGCCCAAGACCUUCAGAUACCCAUCCCUCAAAGGCACGGAUCCCAAGUUUCGAAGAAACCACAAGCACGCCCUGCACGGAACGAUGAAGGCGCUUAAGGAGGUGCGGGAAGGAAAGAGAGACGCUGCAUAA